AUGGUAACGACGGUUUUGUGUCUACACGAUCACAAAUCGACACUGUGUGAGCAAUCGACAGUGGCAGAGGAGGCGGAGGGGAUCCAAAAGACUUGCUUAUAUACCGUAUCUCCAUCUUUUGUUCAUGCUACCUGCCUUCUUGAUCCUUCUCCUUCUAAAUUGAGGUUUCGAUUGAGUGGAUUGGCGUUGUACCUGGCAACUUACUUCAUGUUUGUGAUUCUUCUGGAUGCAAAAGGAGAUUAUCCAAGAAUCAAACGGGUAUAUGAAACAGAGCUAGGAAUCAUUUCCCAAUGCUUCCAGUCAAAAAAUGUCAUGAACCUUCACAUACAGUACUUUGAAAAUGUGGCAAUGAAGAUCAAUGUUAAGGUUGGUGGAAGAAACACAGUUUUGGCUGCAACUUUUUCUAAUAGACUUUAUGUUCCUAGGUUAGAAGAUUUGUCUGUUAUGCCAGUAGAACAGAUUGGUUUUGGGCUUCAGGCAAUUAUCUACUUAUUAUACCAACCACUUUGA